CUGGAACAGGCAGAGAUCCUUGACCAUUCCAGAGAGAGAGAAAGAUCGGUACCUCCCCGAAGCAGCUUCCGAUGCAGUCCAUCUGAAGGGGACGCAGAGCCCAGCCCAGUUAGCCUGGGGGGCGGGGAACCAGCGACCGUGACCCCAACUUUGGAUUUACCACCCGGGGGGUGGGGGGAUCCUGGAUCUUGGCGAUUAUUUUGGGGUACUCCGGACGCCAUGUUGUGGAAAUUAGCCGACAAUGUCAAGUACGAAGAGGACUGCGAGGACAGGCACGAUGGGAACAGCAACGGGAACCCCCGCCUCCCCCACCUCCCAGCGGUCAGUCAGCACCUCUACAGUCCCGCAGCCCCACCGCUUUCACAUUCUGGGGCAUCCGACUUUCAACCUCCUUACUUCCCGCCGCCCUACCAACCAUUGCCCUAUUCUCAAUCUGCUGACCCGUACUCCCACCUGGGCGACCCGUUCUCCAUCAACUCCCUGCACCAACCUGCGCCGGCGGCCAGCCAGCAACAGGCCUGGCCCAGCCGGCAAAACCAGGAGCCAGCUGGCUUGAGCCACCACACGAGGCCGGGCCUGGUCCCCCACCUCUCCGGGCUGGAUGCCGGUGGCCCAGGGACAAGGAGGGAGACCUACAGACGUUCUGAGCUGAUUCUGCAGCCCCACAGCCACAGCCUAGAUGCAGCACUGGUGGAAAAUCUGGGCUUACAUGACAUGGCCCAUCAAAUGGAAGAUGUACAGAAUGUGGAAGACCAGCAUUUGCUGUUGCAUGAUCAGACAGUCAUCAGGAAAGGUCCUAUUUCAAUGACCAAAAGCAAUUCCUUGGGUCUCCCCUGUCAGAAGGAAGGGAUGCUAGGAGCAGUGGUUAAUCAUAAUGAAGUAUUUUGCUCUGUACCUGGAAGACUUUCUCUCCUCAGCUCCACAUCGAAAUAUAAAGUGACUGUAGCUGAGGUCCAACGAAGACUUUCCUCUCCUGAAUGCUUAAAUGCCUCCCUAUUGGGUGGUGUGUUGAGAAGAGCCAAAUCCAAGAAUGGGGGCCGUUCUUUGCGAGAAAAGUUGGAUAAAAUCGGUUUAAAUCUUCCAGCUGGAAGAAGAAAAGCUGCUAAUGUGACAUUAUUAACUUCCUUGGUAGAAGGUGAAGCUGUGCAUCUGGCCCGAGAUUUUGGUUAUGUCUGUGAAACUGAAUUUCCGUCUAAAGCAGUAGCUGAUUAUUUAACCAGACCACAUUUAGGACGGAAUGAAAUCGGUACCAGAAAGAAUAUGCUGCUUGCUGCUAAGUCCUGUCCCAACAUUCCAGGUCUCUUCCAGUGAGUCCUCAGUGGCUUCUAUCUGAUCUGUAAGCCAGCCUCACUGGCAGGCCUGCUUUCCAUGUGACAUUUCCAGUGAUUCAGCAGAACCGGAACCCUUCCUUAUUUUGCCAAUCCAAGCUUUCAUUAUGCCCACACUCUACAAAGCAUAUAAAGAAACUUGUGAGCUUUUGUCCGCAAGUAACAUGGAACAUGAUCUUCGGCAGAAACAACUUGACCUUAUAAUUUUUUUUUAAAUUUUGUUAUGUUAGAGCCCAUAUUUCCAUGGAGUACUCAAUUAUUUUUUGGCAACAUGAUAAACACUGCUAUUUUCCUGCUUCUAAUGGAUAACAUCUUGAUGGGGGAAAUGAAUGGGAGAGUGGAAAUUGAGGGCAGUCAAAACAUAUAAUAACAGUCUUUGGACAGGUUUCUAAGAUAGAAUUGUUGACAAUGUAGAAAUUUUACCAGUGUUAUAAUCUGAAUGCUUUCAUGACAACCUACAAUGUUUAAUGUGACCUCUUUGCUAGGUGAAAAUCCAUAAAACCCAUUGUUCCUUCUAUAGGUAUUUUAGUAAAGAUAUAUUUUACUUGAGCUGAAGCUAUGUUAGCUUUGAGAACUUCCCUGGUGAAUGAAUGUACUUUUUAUCUUUCAGUUAUGUUACCACAGUGCCUUCUCCCCAAAACUAUAGAUGAAAGACUCCCAAAUUCCCAUGGGACUACGCACAGGCCAACCUUUGUCCAUACCUUCGAAGAUUUUUACCCUGAAAACACCAAGGAUAUUAAUGAAAUCAGUGAUUCUUGUGGAUUUAUGAACCAAAGAAGACUGAAUUUUAAUCUCAAACAUCAUAAGACUUUUUAGCCAAUAUGGAAGUUUCUAGGAAACAAUUUGAUUGGGGUCUUAACUUCUCCCAUGCCAUAUUUCUCCCCUGCAUAAUGUACUCUUCAGAAUCACGGCCUGAUGGCUCAAUGAGAGUUCCCUGAAUACGAUUCUAGUUUGCUUUUGUAAGACUGGGUCUCUUGUGGGACCUUAAAAAUGUUUGGAGCCCAAAAUGGACCAUAGUGAUCUAGUCCAACUUUUGUUUUAUAAGUGGGAAAACUUAGUUCCCUGAAUAGCUUAAGUCAUUUAUUUUUCUGGGGUCAGUCAAGUGAUUAAUAAACAUUUAUUAAGCACUGUGCUGCAAAAAGAGGCAAAAGAUUGCUCUCAAAUUCAUGGUCUGAUGGGAGAGGCAAAAAGUGAUCAGUUAUGUAUGCUUAAGUCAUGUAUAGGAUAAAUAAACAUUAAAAGGAAAUGCACUGAAGUUCAGAUGAAUUGGGAAAGAUUUCCUAUAGAAGAAGGAAUUUUUAAUGGGACUAAAAGGACUCGAGGGAAGACUGCAGAAAUGAGGAAGGGGAGAGCAUUUGGAGUAUAGGGAACAGCCAAGAAAAUGCCCAGGGCUGAGAGAUGGAGUGUUUCAUUCUUGGAACAGCCAGGAGGCUAGUGUCUUUGGAUCAAAGCUCCAGUGGGGAUUUUGUAUGGAAGGGAUUAUGUGGGUGUAGACAAAGUGCCAGAAGACUAGAAAGGUAAGAGAUUCUGGAGGUCUUUGAAGAGCAAACCAAGUUUUUUUUGUGUAUGAUUCUGGAGAGGCUACAGGGAGCUAAUACGGAUAUUGAGGUGGGGAGCGGGGGUGGACAGUGGAGGUUAGGGGAAGGAGAGGCUGGCAGCUGGCAGAUCUUAGUCAUUUGGCAGUGCUAAGACUAAUUCAAGUUUCCUGACCUUCAGUGCAAGUUUUGCUGCUUUCCUAUUGAUGAAGUGUUAACUGGUGAAGUGUAUCUGAGGAAACAGGGCAUCUUUCAGGCUAAAGGAACAGAAUUCAGUCCUCCUCUAUGGAAGGAAAAGUGCAAACUUUGAUAGGAACUGCUUCACUACUGCUGCUUGGUGGGGAGGAUGGAAUGUCUACUUGGUAUGGAUCUACUUACUCCACACAGUUGUGCAUGUACUUACAGGCUAAGGACCUGAAGGUGAGUCAGGGAGGUGAGGUAGGGUGGUUGGGUGCUGACUGCAGGGCUAUGUGUCUUCAGGGAACACCCUUCCUCCCUUCUCUUAGCCUCAGCCCUCACUGACAAGGAGGUGCAGAGUUCAGAGGUGUGGAUCUAGACCUAUCCUGAGUAUCCUUCCCUCUUCCCUGCUUUCUUCCCCACCCUUUCCCCUUAAGAGCCUAGCCCUUCUACUUUCCCCAAAUCUGUACUUGUCUCUUACUCCUCUCCAAAUCUCAACCCUAGGGCUCUAGGAAGUGGGGAAAAUAAAGAGGUUUGGAUUUAUUGACUGACAUUGAUACUAUGUAAUCCAAAUGUAGAAGAGUUCAGGUUCUUAGAGUUUCACUUAGCCCUGACAUCUCACUGAUAACAGGUUUAUAUCAGAGACAUUGUGGAUUCAGCUCCAGACCACCCAAAUAUUGUGAUAAAGCAAAAUAUUGCAGUAAAACGACAGACACAAACUUUGUUUUCCAAAUGCAUAUAAAAGUUAUACAUUUUACUGAAAUCCAUUAAGUCCAGUAGUAUUGUUUUAAAAAAUGCAUUCCCUUUAGUAAAAAUAUUUUAUCAUCAUUUGAGCCUUCAACAAGGCAAUAUCUUUUUUACCUGGUGCAGUUGGUGGUACCUCGAUGUUGAUGGCAGCUGGGUGAUGAGGGUCGGGUUGGCUGAAAGAUGGGAAUGGUGUGGUAAUUUCUUAAAAUAAGGCAACAAUGUAAUUCUCAGCAUCUAAUGACUUAAUUUGAACACUUAAGAGGCCAUUGCAGGAUUAUUAGCCUAAUUUCAAUAUUAUUACAUCUGGAGGAAUAGGGAGACCUGAAGAGAGAUGGCACUGCAAGUGAGUGGAGCAAUCGGGACACAUUUAUGAAUACAAUUGUCAGUCUUAUGAAGGUGCAGUUCAUGGUGCCCCAAAACAAUUACUAUUGUAACUCAAAAGAUCAUAUCACCAGAACAGAUAUAAUAAAGUAAAACUUUUGAAAUAUUGUGGAAAUGAUCAAAAUGUUUACAGAGACUAAUGUGAGCAUAUGCUUUUAUAAAAGUGGUGUUGACUUGCUGGACGCAGGGUUGCCACAAAUUUCAAACUUGUAAAAAUGCAAUAUCUGCAAAGUGCAAUAAAAUGAAAUGUGCCUGCAUUAGAAAGUUGCUGAGUAAUUAUUCCACUCUGAAAGUUCUUUCAGUCUUGCCAAAUUCAAAUAGAAAUGGAGACUACUAAAACCAUAUGAGAGGAUCCUGACAGGUCACCUAUGGAUUAAGGAAA